AUGAUCCCCCUCGUCGUUCGUUCCCUCCGGGGAGCUGUCGCCCGCAUCUCCCCGAGUGCAUACUCCUACUCCCCUCUGAGUAACGUCAACUCCCAUUCCGAACCCUCAUCGCCCGGCGGCUCGACCCCUCCCCCACAAGCCAGGUCCCUCCUCGCGAAAUUGACGGCUAUCCUCUUUUUCCUCCUGCCCUCCUUCGUCCAGCGCCGACUCCGACCCAACGACUUCAAGCACCGGCGCUUAUACCCCACCUCGUGGCUAGAUGGUCUGCGCGGUGUCGCAUCACUGAUUGUCUUCUUCUGCCACUUCACCGAGAAACACGUCGGCUGGUUCACCGCGAGGGCAUACGGAAUUCCCGACGAGAACGAUCAUGUUGCUUCCUCCCCGCUGCAAUUGCCCUUCAUCCGCGUCAUCUAUAGUGGUCGGCCCAUGGUCCACAUCUUCUUCAUCAUCUCGGGCUUCGUUCUGUCUCUCAAGUCGUUAAAGCAGGCAAGGAAACACGACUACGAUGGACUGCAUCGCACCUUGUCUAGCAGCAUCUUCCGCCGUGGCUUCCGCUUGUUUCUGCCCACCACUGUGUCUACCUUUAUGAUCCUCGUCAUGAUCCGCCUGGGGUGGACGGGACAGCCCUUGCCCACACUCUGGGAGCAGCUGGUGGACUGGAAGAACGCAGUAUGGAGAAUCACCUUCAGCUGGCAGUGGGAUAUUACCCAAAUUCUGCCCUAUGAUGUCCAUCUUUGGACAAUCCCCAUCGAGUUCUCCCACUCGCUGCUUCUAUUCGUCGUUCUGACUGGUGUGAGCCGCAUGAAGACGUACUUGCGCCUCGCUUCAGUUUUUUUCAUCAUGAUCUACUGCCUCAAAUGCGGCCACUGGGCCGGCUUCGAGUUCCUUGGUGGCAUGUUUCUUGCCGAGAUCGGUCUGAUUGAGGAAGCUCGUCAGGAGCGAAAGGCGGCGGCUAUACAGAACAAGGAGGCAUCUGACAUGGAAGCUUCCGCUGUGUUGGACUCGCCUUCUAGCUCCCUAGCUGUACGCGUCUUCAAGACAUUCCUCGUUGGCAACUUGGUCUUUGCCUUGUUUGUGGCCGGUUGGCCGAACCAAAAGGCCGACAUCACGCUGGGAAUGUCCCCGCUCUGGCACAACACGAUGGAGCCCUUCUUCACCAUGGGCGGUGACCUCGUCUCCUUCCCCUGGUACGCCCUUGGCGCAUUUCAAAUCGUUGUCGCCUUGCAACACAUCCAAAUAUUGCAGAACCUGUUCGUGACGCCACUAGCGCAGUACCUCGCAGACAUCAGCUACGCGCUCUACCUUGUCCACGGACCCGUACUCGACGUCUUUUCGCAUCGCUGGAUGCCGUAUAUUUGGGCACUUGUUGGUGGUAGGGACGAGACUGGCAUGAUUGGGCGUCUCGUGGCGUGGAUCCUCGGCGUGGUCUUGCUUGGUGUACCAACGGUCUGGGGUAGCGACGUCUUCUGGAGAACCGUCGAUGUCAAGAGCGUAGAGCUGGCACGCUGGAUCGAGGGUCUCUGCACGCGAGACGCGUCGAAUUAA